AUGCUCUUCAGAAUUAGCAGCAGUCUUGAAUUACAUGUGCUAAAUCAUAUCGGCGAGCGGCGACAUGUUUGUGAGAAGUGCGGUAAAGGAUUCUUUCUCAAAACCCAAUUAACGGUUCGUGAGAAAUGUCACACCGACGAAAAACCAUUCCAUUGCGAUGUAUGUGGCAAAUCAUUCUUGACUAAAUCCUAUCUUACACAGCACCAACGUAUUCACACAAACCAAAAAGACUAUGAAUGUAACGUCUGUGGAAAACUUUUCUAUACAAAGAAUCGUUUGAGUCUACACAGUGGGGUUCACACCGGGAAAAGACCAGUUAAACGCGAUUCAAAAACCAAAGACGAUCCGGCUAGCAUAAAACCCUACGUUUGCGAUAUAUGUGGAAAAUCCUUCAAAUGUGAUGUGUGUGGCAAAGGAUUCACAACUAAAACCAACCUUAGUCAGCACAAUCGUAUUCACACAAACCGGAAAGAGUACGAAUGUAACUUCUGUGGUAAACAGUUCUAUACAAAGUCUCAUUUGAUUCUACACACUCGGGUUCACACCGGAGAAAGACCAUUCAAAUGCGAUUUAUGUGAUAAACCAUUUAGUGCAAACAGCGCACUCAAAAAGCAUCGGCUGAAAAAUCACACAUAUGCGCUGAUGAAAAGGAUGAAUGCGACAAACAAUUCUUUGCCAGCUGCACAAAAACUUUGCCAGCUUAAACAAAAACAAACCAACUCAUGCUGGAGAACGGCCGUACAAGUGCCCGGUUUGGGGUAAGAUGGUUUCCAGAAGCCCUGACAUCUGUGGCAAG